AUGGACUACGCCCCGUUCAAGCCGUGGUUCAAAUACUACAGCAACAGCACCAGGCAAACAUGCUGGAACACCAUCUCCUGCAGCCUGACCCAGUCCGACGAGGCCCGCAAACAGCAGUACGCCGCCAUCGCCCUCAUCAUGGGCCUCAUCCCGCUCUUCCUCAAAGACGUCUCCUGGCCCGAGCGCCACGCCAUCCCGCUCUCCGCACCCCUCCCCAAGAUAAUCGAGAUCCUGGUCCGCACCCUCAGCCUGGAGCCGGAAUACACACCACCAUCAUCCGAAUCCGAAGGCCAGAACACAGCGGCAAGAGUGCAGGCGUGGUGGCGCCAGCGCAGCAUCGCGCGCUGGGCCUGGGGCAUCAAAAACGGCCGCUCGUCGUCGUCAUCCAGCAACAUCGUGCGGUCGGGACGCACGUCGGCACUGUUGGCCCUGCUCGCCCUCGCCCUCGCCGUCUGCUACACCGCCCUCGGCCUCAUCGAGACGUAUUCCAAGCGCGCCGUCCUCGGCUGCCCCUACCCCAUCUUCGUCCUGUCCUGGCACCUGCUGGCGCUCCUCCCUGCGGCCCUGCACACCGCCGCCGCUGCGUGGCGCGCCGCGCCGAGACAGACCGAUGAUGAUGCUGCUGCUGCUGAGCCGGCUAUGGUGCCGCUCGUGGAGAUGGAUCCGGCGGCGGCGAGCGGCGGCGGCGGCGUGACGGGCCAGCGGCAGGCGACGAAGAUUGCUCCGAAUGUCGUUGGCUUGAUCGCGUCGCGCGGUCAGCAGACGGCGGCGGCGCCCGAGACGGAGGAGUGGUGGAUCACGCAGCUGAUUUGGGCGCUUUACUACAUUAUUGGGACGCUGAUUUAUACGUCUAUUAGUACGGUUACGGUUAUUGAGCUGUUUGUUUGGGUGGUUGUGAGCUUCGCGACGACGGCGUUUGGCAGAUUAUUGGCCUUUUCUCUGUGUAUGGUUUAUGAAGCCAAGUCUAGGAACGCUUAA